AUGUAUCAAAAGGUAAUUUAUAUAGUUUUGAAAAUAAGAUGGUAUAUCGGCAGAUUAUUUAGAGGAAAAAUCUGUAUUUGAUAAGGCUUUAACUUAACUAUAUUGAAAUAAUUAACUAAUAAUUAUAAAUAGAGAGGAGAAUAUUUUCAAUUGCUCAACAUAUUAAGCUUGCAAUUCCUAGGUUAGCUAUAUAUAUCAAAGAUGCAUGUACUGUAUAUCACAUCAAUAUUUAGAUUUUCAGAAUACGUGAGUAUUUGACUCCAGAAAUUAGUCCUAGCCUAGGCCAAAAUUUUUAAAGCUUACUUUUUACUUUAAGAAAGGAAAAAUGCUGUCAGGAAAAGAAACUCUUACAUGUAAAAUAUCACAUUAUUGUCACUAUAGAUAAUGUAAACUUAUUCAUUUUUUGUAAAUCCCAUAUGAAAAAUUACUUUGUAUUCUCAAAAAAUUUCAAGUAAAGGUCGAACUUGAUUUCUAACUUUAGUGAUUUUAACUUCAAGGAAUAAAGAAGGAUUCAUAUCCUUUGCCUAUCUCAAAAAUGGCAACUUUUUAGAAUAUUGAUUUGA